ACUGACGCGCCGUGUUGAACUUAAAAUAAACGCGGGAGGUAAUGAUAGUUUAUUGAUGAGGUUGAGUUUAAGUCAUUACUAAUGGAUCUUACAUGAACUUAAUGAAGCUAUAUGUUCGUGGCUAUGUUUAUGGAAUUACUUAGCUUAUUGUUUCACCCUCAUUAUUCAGGAAUCAUAUUCGGCCAGCAUAUUUUCGAUUAAUGCACUUUAUACUGUUGAGUUACGUGUUCAUUGUGAUUCUAUGGACCAUAGAUUGCGUAGAAGAGUCUGUAUCUCCUCGAAAACCUUUGUUCAUUGAAUAUCCGAAAGAUGCAUUUCCACUCCUUCGCCAACAAUUAAGGUUAUUCUGUCGAGCUGAAGGUGAACCUGUAAUCUCUAUCACUUGGUACAAAGAUGGAAAAAUUGUUGAGACCCAGCGGCAUAAACCAGGGACAUCUAAUAGAAUUACCAAUGCUGGUGAACUCCUUUUUCUUUCAUUCGGUGAGGAAGAUGAAGGUCAGUAUUAUUGUAAUGCAUCGAAUGCGCAUGGCUGGUCUAGUUCACCUUCUGCUCAUGUGAAAGCUGCAUUUUUUGAUGCCAGUAGUGCAUCUGGUCCUGAAAGUAAAUCCGUUCAUCUUGGACAAACAGUUUUGUUGGAGUGCACUCCACCAAUCGGAUCACCACCUCCUACGGUGUACUGGAAACAUAAUAACCAGAAGGUCGUUGAUAGUUCACGAGCUAGGCUGAUGGAGAAUGGAGGUUUAAGAAUCGAUAGUGUUAAACGUCAUGAUGCUGGAACUUAUCAGUGUUUUACUGAGAAUUCUGCUGGUCACUGGGAAAGUAAGUUAGCUACACUCACUGUUCGUCGUAAACCUCGUUUUAAGUUUACACCCAUGAGCAAGCAAGCCAUCGUUGGGCAUUCUGUAGAAUUUCAGUGUUUAGCUUCUGAAGAUCCCAAUUCUACAAUUUUAUGGAGAAGAGAAGGCAACAAAAUUAUUCAGGCAUCUUUAAUUGAUAGAAAGACGUUGCGUAUAGAGGAUGUUCAGCUAUCCGAUGCUGGUGACUAUAUAUGCGAAGCGAAAAAUGUUGCUGGUAAUGUUGAAGCUAUUGCACAUUUAUCUGUGGUUUCACCGCCGAAAUUCUUAAUCACACCAGAGGACAAAACGGUUCCACUUGGUUCACAUGUUUCAUUUGAUUGUUUAACUUCUGGUUCUCCACCCCCCAAUGUUAGAUGGUUACAUGGCAAGUUUUCAUACUGGGUACCAAAACCCAAUGAGAAACCGUUGCAGGCUGGCAGAUUUCUGAUAUUUCCUAAUGGUACACUUUUUAUAAAUUCAACAACUUUAUCCGAUGCGGGAUUAUUUGAGUGCAAAGCAUCACAGAAAGCUGGUAUUGUCAAGUCAACAGCUCAGCUUUUCAUCGAGUCCGUUGUGAUAUCUCUUCCACUUAUUGAAGUGGGACCCCAAAAUCGGACAUUUUUUCAAGGUAUGGUCGCAACUUUACCAUGCCACUCAACUGUUCUUCAAUAUACUCUACAGGUUUCAAACUCAUUAGUACAUUCUAAUAUCGAUACCUUCACAUCUAUUGAAACACAUUGGUUGGUUAAUGGUUCUGCUGUUUCCACUAAUUCUAAUCCUCGGGUUGUGAUACUGAAUUCUAGAUCUCUACAAAUCAAUGCUCUUCGUAUAUCAGACACAGGUUUUUACACCUGUAAAGUUGAGACUCAAGAUUUUUCAUCUACUCCUUCACGACGCUCUACAUCAUGGACUGCCUUCUUGCAAGUAAUCCAAGGUGGUCCAUCUGCAAGUAGUCCGUACCUCUUGCCUGCAGAUGAAAGUGAUCUGUUGUUACCGGAACCUCCAAAAGAUGUUAAAAUCACUAGUGUUAGUGAUACAUGGGUUGCGCUGGAUUUAAUCAGUGACUGGUCCGUCGGGAAUGCUGUAAAAAAGCGUAAUCUUGGUGAAAAUGCAUUAAUCAUAGGUGUGCAAGUAGAGGUGACAGAGUUCAACACAUCCAAUGGUUGGCGUGUAGUAGAAUCAUCUGGUACAUAUAAUUCAAUCCGUGUAAAUGGUUUGGUACCACAAACUGGUUAUCACAUUCUUAUUCGUUACAUAAAUCACUAUGGAGUUGGUAAACCUUUCAUUCUGAAUAAAUUGGUGUUUACUGAAACCCCUGAAUUUGCACGUAACUAUCUUCCAACUGAGUUAGUUGUAAAAUUACAGUCUGUAGAAUUUAGUCCUUUGCAUGUUAGGGCAAUUUCGCCAUCUGAAUUAUUGGCAGAGUGGUUUCUAUGUGGUCCAUCCGAUACGUUGGUUCUUAUUACCGGCUUUAAAGCAACUUAUCGAAGUGUACCAAUGUCUAGGUGUCUAACUUCUAACAGCAAAAAUAAUGGAUAUUAUAUCAAGGACAACAUCAUACAUUAUCCUAAAACAGACCAGAACUCAUGUACCUUUAAAGAUGAUUCUAUGGAAAAUUUGUUAGACUCUUAUGAAGAUGAUCUAACUCCAUGCAGUUUACCAAGGAUUUCAAAACAACAAUCACUUGACUGGAAUCCACCUAGCUUUUUAAAUGGUGAAAAAGUUGAUUACUACAUUCAUUCAAGUGUGACUACUACUACUACUACAAGUAUAAAAAUGGCCAUUAGUAAUUUACGACCUUUCAUAUGCUAUGCUAUUCGUAUUGAAGCUUUUAUAGAUCAUCCAGAUCAUAGUAGAAUUUUUGCACAAAAUAGUCAAGUUUCAGUUGGCCUUACAUUUGAUAGUACACCAACAGGUGCACCACAAAUUACAAAUGUUCGAUGGCUUAAAAAUGGUACUGUACUUCAACUUGAUUGGAAUCCACCAAAUGAAUGGGAACGUGGAGGUAUUUUAACAGGAUAUUCUUUGCAAAUUUUAUGUACUGCACAAAAACUUAGUCGUACUGUUAAUAUGGGAACUGAACAGCUCUCAUUUCAUAUACAUGAUCUUGAUCCAUGGUCUAAUUAUACACUAUAUCUAUCUGCAGUUACUUGUCAUGGUGAAGGAGUACGAUCAUUGCCGGUUUAUAUUUUUGCAUAUCCUACACGAGGUCAUUUUCCAGAAUUAUCAGAUGUUGUAGCAUCAUCCAACUAUCCAUUAAUGAAUUUAAAUCACUAUGAAUCUGGUAAUAUUUAUCGGAAAGUUUUAUACGAUGGAAGAAGUCUCUAUCCAGGAAGUUCAUCAUCACAAGCGCUUAGUGAACAUAUAAAUUCGAAAAUUACUGAAAAAGGUGGUGGUGGUGGUGGUAGUCUUACCAGAGAACCUUGGUUUAUUGUUAGUGCAAUUAUGUUCAGUGUACUAUGGGUAAUUAUUUGUCUUGCUCUUAUCAUAUAUGGACGACAUAGAAGUGAGCGACAAAGACGACGUCAAACUGUUUUAGACGUGAUGGAUGCUGAGAUAAUUGCUAAAAAUGGACGUGUUGGAGUUGUGAAUAAAACACAAGAGGCAGGUACAGCUUCACCUCCAAUUUAUAUGGGUAAUUUUACUACUUCUACAGAAGCUACAUCGCUUACUUUGAUUGAACCUCUCACUGUUAAUGCACCACCAGUGGUAUCCGAUCGAAACCAUGCACCACCGAAUUUGUGCAAUCCUAUAUUUAAUGAGAAAUGUUAUGGGAAUGGUUUUACCCGUCCAAUUAAUCCAUCCUAUUCUGUAUCUGUUGCCAAUGGAUAUUCUAUGACAAAUGAUGGAAGUUUACAUUCAGUCCCGACAUAUUUGCCACAAUAUCCUCAUGGCAAUCCAAUGAUGUCCAUAGAUAAUCUAAAGAAUCAUUCAUAUAAUAAUCCCGGUGUCGUUGUUCCGAGUAUUCCAGUUAGUAGUGCUCAAUUGUUACCUGGUGGUACUCAUUGUUCAUCAGAGCUUAGACACACUGGUACAACUCAUUUAGCACCAAAUGGAUGUUUACCUUUACCAUCUGGUCAUACUUCACAAAAUCCAUCAUCCGAAGAUCAUGCUACACCGUAUGCUAGUGUAUCAGUGAUUCAACCAUUAAUGUUUGAUCAUACACCUAUGGAUUAUGGUGUUAUGCAACAGGUGAUGCGUGGUAGACAACUUUCACUUGCAGAGAUUAUACCUCCUCCUCCAGACUAUCCACCUCCAUCACUUCCGUCUUUCUCACCGGUCCCUCAUCAUUUUACAAGUUGGUCUCUAGGUGAAGCACCUUGUUCCGGUAGUGGUGAAGAUUCAGCUUAUAGUGAUUUUCGACAAUCAUCUCAACAUCAAGGUGGUUAUGAGGGGACUGUAGGAGGCAGUGGUCCACCGGUUUCUUCUUCUUCACAUCACAACUGGUUAACAUCACAACAUGAAAGUAACAGUGCUCUCCCGACAUCUUCACAUUCUCUAUCAAAAACCAGUGGUCUCUCAUCUGAAUGGCCUAUUCAUGAAAGUGUAUCCACACCUCAUUCCACAGAUCAACAUAUAUUUGCUCAUCAUCAUCAGCAUCCUCCAGCAUCUUUAUCAACUAAUCCACCCUCACAUGUAGCCUGUUAACAACAAUCGUGCGUGAAAAUCAGCUUCAUUCCUUCUUCCUACUGUUCUCUGUGUGUGUGUAUGUGUGUGUGCACACACACGCGCGCGCGCCUCUGGUUUCCUCUUUCCUUUUUAGGCGGGGUGGGCCGGCGGACUAGAUUAACUAACUUUUCGAUUAGGUUUUCUUUUUCCUUCUGCUUACUUUAUUUAUUGUCUUUGAUUGUAUUCUCUUGUAACGCGAAUGUCGCCUAAUAUUAUUGUAAUUAUUACUUGUUACUGGAUAUCAUCAUCGUCAUCAUCCUCAACAGAAUUUCGAUUAGUCAUCUAUUGUGGUGUUUUGGUUAGUUUAUGGAGGAUUGUUUAUUAUGCGAAAGUAAUUCCUAUUGGAACAUCCUCUUCGUGUGUGUGUGUGUAUGUGUACACGUUAUUGUAAAAGACUUUCAUGACCAUCCACGCACACACACGCACACUCAUUUAGGCACGUGUAUGUAUAUAUACUCGCCGUGUGUGUGUGUCUGUUGGUCGUGGGGAUUGUGACCGGGAGGCUAAGACAAAAUAUUCGCGACAACAACAACAACUACGGCGUGUGUUUGUGCGUGUGCGUGUUUACAGUGUCCAGACACAUGGAUUUUCUCUGUGUGUUGCUUGUUUUUUCUUUUCUGUAAAAAAUUUGUUUAGGCAU